AUAAUGAUUACAUAAAAUAAAGCAAUUCUCAAAUGGAGAGAGAUCUUAUUAAAUGAAAAUCUUCUUACCGAUGCUUACAAGUUCAGAGAUUGGGAUCAAGUAAACCUUGAAAUUCCAGAAAAAGAAACUCUAAUUAAAGAUCUUACUAGAACCAGAAAUGAUGAUCCCUAUUUUAAAAAGGAAUCCACUUAAAGAAACCUUAUGUUACUUGCAACAUUUUAUUGUUAAUAAAACAGUGUCAAUUAUCAAUAAGGAAUGCUUGAAAUUGUAGCUCCAUUCUUAGUCAUGAAAAAUAAAGACUUUCCUAUUUAUAAGUGCUAUGCUUAUUUCAAUUCUUUUAUGAAUACAUAUUUCCCAAAAGUUCUUGAAUGGAAUGUAAUAAUAACACUAACUUACAUUAGAUUCUUUAAGGAGAAAAGUAACUUGCCCAUGUUUUAUGCGCUAUUCAAUUCUGUGAGAUAUUGUUAAAAUAUCAUUGCUCUGAUUUUUAUAAUCGCAUUCUUAAACUUGAAGACUUCAAUCUAUCAAUGGUAGUUACACCAUUAAUUAUGACUCUUUUUGCUAAAGGUACAUCUUUAUAAUUAGUCUUUUUAAUUUUUGAUGAAUACAUGAAAAGAAAAAAUCCCAAUUACAUAUUUUUCAUGGUUACUGCCCUAUUUAUGAUCUAAAGACAAGUAUUGAAAUUUGAUUAUAUUAGAGGAAAUUUUAUCUUUUGAAGAUUCUGAAGAACUUUUUAUGUACCUCAAUAAAAAAUUAAAAUGCAUCAAUUAUGAAUCAGAUAUAUAGUAAUUAUUUGAAAGAGCUGAUGAGCUUCGUGAUUAAACACCUUAAUCUUAUGAGUAAUUAAUAGCCUCUACUUCGUUUAAUGAUAAAAGCGGUAUAUCUAAUAUUCAUGUUGUAGUUUUAAGUGUUGAAGAUAUUACAGAAUUAACGUAAAUCAAUAAAUCAUAUUACUUUAAAUGUUUAUUUAUUGAGGUUUCAGAAAUGAAAUCUCUUCUUGGAAAAUCAAAAAAGCAAUCUACUAAAAAAAUACAAUUACGCUUACUUGAUAUUAGAAAGGACAAGAAACCUAAAUUAAAAGAGUUUGUUCCAAAAGAAUUUAUAGUAAAAAAAGCAGAUGGAAAUCUACAUACUUGUUUAAUUAUGGAAUCGAAUAAAACUAUAGAAUAUGCUGUAAAAGUUGCACAAGACCUGAUUUUAGAAGGUGUUAGACAUGUCUCUAUUUUAAAAGGAGGCUUUUAAGUAAUAUAAUAUCUUUAUGGAUUAUAGUAAUUAUCAGCUUCAAUCAAAUAAUAAAAGGAUUGUUCAAUUAUGUGA